CGGCGGCGGUAGUCGGAGGCGCGGCGGGCGCUGCCGCCGAAGCGGGCAGAGCUGCGCGCCGCAGCCGCGCGAGUGGCGGCCGGGGCUGUCCCGUCUCUGCCCGCCGCUCCCUUCAUGAGUCGCAAGUUCGGGCCGGGAGGAGCAGCAGCGGCAGCAGCGGUGGUGGGACGGCGGGAGCCCGACCGGGCAGGCGGCACCGACUGAGCAUGGCCGAGCGGCGCGGGCCGGCGGCGAGCGGCUGCGGGGCAGUUGGCGAAGGGCGGCGGGCGGCCGGUGGUCGGUGCCCGCGGCUGCCGCCGCCGCUGCCGGUGCUGCUGGUGCUGUGGGCGGUGACGCUGCCGGCCGGAGGCCAGCCGCCGGCUCCGCAGGACAACGGUGAGCGGGGUAUCUCCAUCCCGGACCACGGCUACUGCCAGCCAAUCUCCAUCCCGCUCUGCACAGACAUCGCCUACAACCAGACCAUCAUGCCCAACCUGCUGGGCCACACCAACCAGGAGGACGCGGGACUGGAGGUGCACCAGUUCUACCCGCUGGUGAAGGUGCAGUGCUCGGCCGAGCUCAAGUUCUUCCUCUGCUCCAUGUACGCCCCGGUGUGCACCGUGCUGGAGCAGGCCCUGCCGCCCUGCCGCUCCCUCUGCGAGCGGGCCCGCCAGGGCUGCGAGGCCCUCAUGAACAAGUUCGGCUUCCAGUGGCCCGACACGCUGCGCUGCGAGAAGUUCCCGGUGCACGGGGCCGGCGAGCUCUGCGUGGGGCAGAACGCCUCCGAGCGCGGAACCCCCACACCCGCCCUGCGCCCCGAGAGCUGGACCAGCAACCCUCACCGCGGGGGCACCGGCGGCGGCACCGGGGGUGCGGGGCCCGGCGAGCCCCGCGGGCGCUUCUCCUGCCCGCGGGCCCUGAAGGUGCCCUCCUACCUGAACUACCGCUUCCUAGGGGAGAAGGACUGUGGAGCGCCCUGCGAGCCCGGCCGACUCUACGGUCUCAUGUACUUCGGGCCAGAGGAGCUGCGCUUCUCCCGCACCUGGAUCGGCAUCUGGUCUGUGCUCUGCUGCGCCUCCACCCUCUUCACCGUCCUCACCUACCUGGUGGACAUGAAGCGGUUCAGCUACCCUGAGCGGCCCAUCAUUUUCCUCUCGGGCUGCUACACAGCAGUGGCCGUGGCCUACAUCGCCGGCUUCCUUCUGGAGGAGAAGGUGGUCUGCAACGAGCGCUUUGCAGAGGAUGGCUCCCGAACUGUGGCACAGGGCACGAAGCGGGAGGGCUGCACCAUCCUCUUCAUGAUGCUGUACUUCUUCGGCAUGGCCAGUUCCAUCUGGUGGGUCAUCCUCUCGCUCACCUGGUUCCUGGCUGCCGGCAUGAAGUGGGGCCAUGAGGCCAUUGAGGCCAACUCCCAGUACUUCCACCUGGCCGCCUGGGCUGUGCCAGCCAUCAAGACCAUCACCAUCCUGGCCCUGGGGCAGGUGGAUGGAGAUGUCCUCAGUGGUGUCUGCUUUGUGGGCAUCAACAAUGUGGAUGCCCUACGGGGCUUCGUACUGGCCCCCUUGUUCGUCUACCUGUUCAUCGGCACUUCCUUCCUGCUGGCUGGCUUCGUGUCCCUCUUCAGGAUCCGGACCAUCAUGAAGCAUGACGGCACCAAGACAGAGAAGCUGGAGAAGCUCAUGGUGAGGAUAGGCAUCUUCAGUGUCCUUUACACGGUGCCGGCCACCAUUGUCAUUGCCUGCUAUUUUUACGAGCAAGCUUUUAGGGAACAGUGGGAGAGGAGCUGGGUCACGCAAAGCUGCAAGAGCUAUGCCAUCCCCUGUCCCAACAACCACAGCAGCCACCACCCGCCCAUGAGCCCCGACUUCACUGUCUUUAUGAUCAAGUAUCUCAUGACCUUAAUCGUGGGCAUCACCUCGGGCUUCUGGAUCUGGUCCGGGAAAACCCUGAACUCCUGGAGGAAGUUUUACACCAGGCUCACCAACAGCAAGCAAGGCGAGACCACCGUCUGAGACCGCUGCCUGCCGUGAUGGGGGGAUGGCAGGCGGGAAGCCAGCUGGAGGACCGGGGCUCUGCCCUGGGAAGCGGCUCCUUAGCCAGCCUGGGCAAACUUUGGGGACGGCCCCAUGUUCGGGGCUGCCGGGCUUUGCCCUCCCUGCUCUUCUCAGGCAGUCUCCCUAUAGGAAGUGAACGCACUGUCAGGUUGGGGGAGAGGGAUGUAAAUAGCCUCUGUAAGAUUUUGUAAGUAUAUUUGUAUUUAAAUUACAAAAAUCUCGCUUUUUUUUUUUAUUAUUUAGGACACUUUUAACCUGUUCGCAGAUUUUGCUUCCUUGCCCCCGUCUCCCCCCUUUUUUAUUUAAAAGAAGGCGUUGGGUUUUUAUUUCGUUACGCAGGAUGAGAAGAACUGCCGGUAAGAGAAACCAAAACACCCCAUUUUUCCCCCCCACACCGGCAGGUUUUGUAAUGGCUUUGCUCGGAGUUGCAUGAGCAGCAGCAGGGACCGGCCCGAAACCGCAGUCGGGGGCGCCGCCUGCCGCGGACUGGGUCCAGGCCGCGGGCCCGGCCUGCCUGAGGUAUGUGGCGGCGGAGGUGGUGCUGAGGGACCGCCGCUUCCCUCCCGGCCCUGUAUCGGGGGGCACAGACCCCGCCUGCCCUCGCACGGCGGAGCCGGCGUGGGGGACGGUGCUUCCCUUCGCCUUUCCUCGGCUGGGCGCGGCGCGGCCGAGCCCCGCUGACCCGGGCAGAAGCUUUUGGAGGGAGGGAAGAUAGAAGCCCUGCCCGGAGGUGUGCCUGCAGCGCGGCCCCCCUGCUGCCCGGGGCGAGGAGCAUUGCCCGCCAGCUGCCCUCUAACAAUUUGGUGAGAUUUGUGUAAACGCACCACGUAGUUUUGAGAGGAGUUGGCCUGUUCUAUCGUUAAGAGUUGAGGUUUAACACCGUCUUGCACCUGUAGCAUGCCUGAUGGUUUAGGAGGUGAAUGGGGACAUGGAUGCACCGAACUUUCCACUUCCUGUGGUGUUUUGUGUUGGUUUUUGUAUUUUUAAGCCCACUUUUAGGUCACAAGGCCGCAGUGGGGCUGGCGGAGCUGGGCCGCGGCCGGUGGUCGCCCUGACUCUCUGCGGGUGCUCCCAGCGCCUCCCGUCCCCGCCGGGCUGCUGUUGGCCGGACUUAGGAUCAGGAAAUACGGGCUGGGUGAAAAAAGCUUCAACGGAAUAAAAUGCACCGUUCAGAUUCUUCUCUUCCCCCCCUCUCCCCUUUAUAUCCCCCCCCCCCCCGCAUUUAAUUAUAUCCAUACGCUGGCUCUUCAUUUGGGAAACAUUGGAGCCAUUGCCAUUCCCCUGAAUUUUAAUUCAUUGGCAUUUAAUUCAUUACACGCUAUGAGGGUGUGAUGAUUUUCGCCAGUAGUAAAAACAAAGGGAAAACAGGAAACCAGAAUGUUUUAAGCACGCUGGUGGGAUGUGAGACCUGAAAGAGCCUCUUCUGUCUUCCCUCCUGCCACUUUUUUUUUUGGUACAGUAAUAACAGGGCAUACCGCAAAGAUAAGAUACUAUGCGUGCAGUAUAUCUACUGCCUUGUAUGCUCUUGGGUGUGUGGGAUUGUGCUCCUUAAUACGAAGGAAAAAAAAAAAGGUUAAAAAUGAAAUUGUAACUUUCGACAGAUGCAUUGAGUAUUUAGUCCUCUGUAUGAAAAACAGCAGAAUGCUUCUUUCCUGAUUGUAUUGUUUUAAACUUUUUUUUAUAUUACAAAUGCCUGUAUUUAGGUUCAUAAACAUUAUCUAUGGCUACCAUACCCUGAAAUGCAAAAUUAUUUGAAUUUGGUAUGCAUUUAUUUCUGUUCAUUAUCACAAGAUCAUCUAUAUUUAUAGAGGAAUAGAAAUUUAUAUAUAUUAAAUACCAUAUUUUUAAUUUCUCUGAAAUAAAUUGAGGUUUUGUAAAAAACUA